AUGAAGUCCGGCGAGCGGCCGAAGCUGGUGCGGGGCCUCCGGCAGGAGUCUCAGCGGUUCCGGCUUCUAGUCAUCGUCGUCGGAUUCUUUCUCGUCUCUGUGACCUUCGUCGUCAUCUCCAAGCCCGACGCCAUCCUCUUCAGCCUGAACGGCAAGCUGCCGGUGGACCAGGCGCCGACGUCCAUCCUGAUCCAGCAGAAGGUUAACUCGCCUCCCGCCACCACCCUUAGGACCUCCACCGACGCACUCCCAGGUGGAGACCCUAGAGUGGUCGAUGACGAAGCUGAUCCAAAACCACAAGGGUUCAAAGGCGAGGAGGAAGAGAGCCGGGUACUGAGCGAGCCGGACCCGACCAGCGGGAUGACGGAGCUGACCCCCAACAAGGACGGCAGCGGCCGUAAAUCCGACGGGGAGAAGUUAGGCGGCGGAGGUGACGGCGAGGGGAAAAGGAUGGAGGAGCGUGGGCACGCGGCGGACAAGCAUAAAGUCACGCUCCCAACCGUUUCCAAUUACACUAUUCAUGACACCGAGGACACGGAAAAUGCCAAGCGUGACGAUACAAGUUAUGAUCAGCAGGGGAGCAAGCCCCUGUGUGAUUUCUCAAAUUUUAGAGCAAACGUGUGCGAGAUGCGUGGUGAUGUUAGAGUUCACCCAAAUGCUACAUUAAUCAUGUUCAUGGAGCCUGGCCAUUCGCAGAGAGAUGAGCUGUGGAAAAUUAAGCCAUACCCUCGGAAAGGGGACGAGUUCUGCCUUAGUCAUAUCACUGAGCUGACAGUGAAAUCAAGCAAAGUGGCCCCAGAGUGCACCAAGUACCAUGACAUGCCUGCUGUGAUCUUUUCCCUGACAGGCUAUACUGGAAAUCUGUUCCAUGACUUCACUGACGUGAUGGUCCCUCUUUUCACGACAGCAAGCGAGUUUAAUGGAGAAGUUCAGUUCCUUAUAACAGACAUGGCACUUUGGUGGACAAUCAAGUACCACACUGUGCUUCAGAAGCUGUCCAAGUACCCUGUGAUUGAUUUCAGCAAGGAUGACCAGGUGCAUUGCUUCAAGCAUGUCAUUGUCGGCCUGCAUGCUUACAUGGAAUUCACAAUAGACUCGUCGAAGGCUCCACACAACUAUUCAAUGGUUGAUUUUAACAGAUUCAUGCGCAGAGCUUACUCACUGGGCAGGGACACUGUUACCGUGCUUGGAGAGUACCCUAAGGUCAAGCCAAGAUUGCUCAUAAUCAAGAGGCACCGUACAAGGAUGUUCCUUAACCUCGAUGAGAUCAUUGCAAUGGCUGAGGAGCUCGGCUUUGAGGUGGUUAUCGAUGAGGCCAAUGUGAGCUCUGAUAUCUCCAAGUUCGCCAGGCUGGUUAACACGGUGGACGUUAUGAUGGGUGUCCAUGGAGCUGGGCUGACAAACUGCGUGUUCUUGCCACAGAAUGCCACACUGAUUCAGAUUGUGCCAUGGGGAGGGUUGGAAUGGGUAUCCCGCGCUGAUUUCGGCAACCCGGCGGAGCUGAUGGGGCUUCACUACAAGCAAUACAGCAUCGGCGUGGACGAGAGCAGCCUCACGGAGCAAUAUCCGAGGGACCAUGAGAUCUUCAAGAACCCUAUUGCUUUCCAUAAAAACGGGUUUGACUUCAUCAGGCAGACCUUCAUGGACAAGCAAAACGUGAAGCUGGAUUGCAAGAGGUUCAGGCCUAUUCUAUUGGAGGCACUGGAUAACCUCAACCCAUAA